ACAAGUUCGAAGUCGCAAACUCUCCCCGCUUCGCGUGGGCAAGUUGCCUAAGAUUAGAGUGAGAAACCGGAAGGCAUUGCCCACAAGACCCUCUUCCGAAUGUCUGAUUCGACAUCCGGCGGAGCUGUCCGUCCGUCCCAACGGAAUGUCUGUCCGCCCUAAUAGUUCCCGCCCCGAGGGUGUCAUAGACAACAAACAUUCAUUCAUUAAAGUGGCUCGUAAAGUUAAUAAUAUCAUGAAAAUGAGAAGGAGAAAAAGGACAUCCAAGUCAUCGAAUGAAGACGAAAGCGACGAAUACGAGGAUGAAAGUUCAGACUGUGAAACUGAUUUAGAUGAUGUUGAUUUCAUUGGGGUGAAAAGACACCAUGCAAACGAAGACCUUCAGUAUCGCUCGCUGUGUGAAGAAUUAGGGGUUAUUCCUUGCAAUGCCUUCGUUCGUCAGCUGAGUAAGCAAAACGCAAACUUAUCGUAUAAUCAGCUUUUGCCGAUAGACUUCCGGGCCAUUUCAAUUAUUCUCAUUAAUAACGCGUGUAUAACGUCCCUGAAUGUCUCGAACAACAACCUUGGUACCGAGGGUGUCGUCUACCUUGCUGACGUCAUAACAGAAAAUGUUUUCAUCGAAAAAUUGGAAAUGUCUGCUGUUAAUAUGGAUACAACAGGAUUUAAAUCACUGACCAAAGCUCUCCUGGAAAAUAAGAGUAUAACAUAUUUAGACAUAUCAAAAAACAACAUUGACAAGAAAAACGCCGAGGAUUUGGCCAAAUUUAUAAGGUCAAACGACUACAUAGAGCACCUAAAUAUAUCUGGAAAUCUGAUCGACAGUGACACAGGAUGCAUCAUAGGACCAGCAAUAGCGUCGAAUUUAACGAUAAAAUACCUCGAUCUCAGCUGGAAUCAUAUUCGUCGUCAAGGUGCUCGCGUAAUCACAGAAUCUAUUUGUAAAAACGUGGAGCUUGAACAUGUUAAUCUCUCUUGGAAUGGACUGGCAGAGUAUGGAUGCAGAGCUUUCGGUGCAAACCUCUCAAAAAAUCAAACGCUACGAAUUCUGGACAUUUCCCAUAAUAGGAUAACGUUUCAUACUUUGGGCAAUUUUCUGAAAGGCUUGCAAACCAACAGUUCUCUGCGAAACUUGAAGAUUUAUGGAAAUCCCAUUACUACAGAUGGCGCCUUAGCCAUCCUGAAGGUGUAUGAGAAUACUCAGUCAUCUGCACUGGAAGAAAUCGACAUACAGGACAUUCCAAUAGAUGGAAACUUUCAAAGUCAAGCGUGGGAUCUGAUGGAGAAAAGAAAUAUCACAUUAAGACACCGGGACCUGGUCACUAAGCCUAUCACUCACAUCGAACGAACUCGACAUCUGAAUGACUUUAAUCCUGUUCUGAUUUUGUUUGAGUACAUGCGCCAAGAAGGCUUCCGGUUGGUUGAUCUGUUUCGAACAUUAGAUACCGAUAAUGACAGACAAAUAUCACGUGGUGAACUUUUGGCCGGCUUUGCUAAAAUGAAUGUCCACUUGACAAAUACACACAUAGAUCAAAUGCUUGGAAUUUUAGAUAAAGACGGAAACAACACCAUUGAUUACAGUGAAAUGAUAAAGGGUCGACGAUAUGCCGAUCACAUUCGCCAGUCUUCCCAGAAAUGUGGUAGGGAGAAUCUAGCCGAGAUGAUGGUGGAUCUGCAAAAGCUGAUGAAGAAAGCAAGAAUAGAGAAACAUGCGAUAAAAUCGGCCAGUAAACGUAAACCGCAGCUACUUCCAGACAGUUUGUGAAGCUUAUAAUCAACAUCAUACAAAGUCAUGGACUUGACGUGAAAAGAAUACUCUACAAUGUAGUAUAGCUUAGCCCAAGAAUGGUUCCUGAAAAGACUAAACGAGUUUUCGAGCAAUCUAUUAAAAAUAACAGUAUUUAUUAAAGCAUUCCUUUUUCGUCCAUUUUACUGAGGAAUUUCGCCUGAGAUUAGACUUUAUUUUAUAAAAGUUACCAUUUUGAGCAGUCCAUCUUCCAAGAUGAAACGGAUUCGCGAUUUUCACUUUUUUUGUAUUUAUUCUGUAGUUAUUUGUGAAUUUUGCAUUUCCCAGAUACUAGUGAUCUGGCACAGAAAAGCUUGUUAGUUGUUAAACAUAAACCCAUUUUAGCACAU